AUGUCUGUCGUCUCCCUUUUAGGCGUCAAGGUCAUCAACAACCCCGCCAAGUUCACCGACAAAUAUGAAUUUGAGAUCACCUUUGAAUGCUUGGAGCAGCUCGAGAAGGACCUAGAGUGGAAACUGACCUAUGUUGGCUCCGCUACAUCUGAUCAAUACGACCAAGAGCUCGAUUCCCUUCUUGUAGGCCCAAUCCCUGUUGGUGUCAACAAGUUCGUUUUCGAGGCAGAUGCACCAAACAUCUCGCGAAUCCCCGAGACUGAUAUCCUUGGCGUCACUGUGGUUCUACUCACAUGUGCCUAUGAUGGCCGCGAGUUUGUGCGUGUCGGUUACUACGUGAAUAAUGAAUACGAUUCGGAAGAGCUAAACGCCGAGCCACCUGCGAAACCCAUCAUCGAACGAGUGAAGCGCAAUGUUCUUGCCGAAAAGCCUCGUGUUACUCGUUUCGCCAUCAAGUGGGACUCUGAAGCAUCUGCCCCCGCGGAGUUCCCGCCCGAGCAGCCUGAAGCUGAUCUCACCGCUGAUGGUGAGGAAUAUGGCGCCGAGGAGGCUGAUGAAGAGGCCGCUGCCACCAAGGCCAAAACUGAGGGAGGAGAAGACUCGGAAAUGGCUGGGGCAGAGACCAGCAAGGAGGAAGACCAAGAGCAUGAUCAUGAGGAAGAUGAAAUGUCCGAGGACGGAAGUGUUGACAUCGAAAACGAGAGUGAGGAGGAGCUGGAGGAGGAGGAGGGCGUUGAAGGCCCAGAGGACGAUGCUAUGGAGGUUGAUGGGGCCGAGAAGCCCAACCCUGGCGCUAAGCCCGUCAGCGUCGUCUCCUAA